CCCAGCUGACCGAAACAGAGUGUCUGAGCUGGAGGAACGGCUUGUGUAACAGCUGUAUCAGCCAGUGGCACCGACGGCAACCAGUUGCGCUAGCACCGUCCCCUCGGUGAAAUGUCCUGAACGCAGAGGAGGCGGCGCGAACAGCGGCCUCUCAGCUCGGCAGGGGCCGAAGAGUAGUUCGGCAUAUUCGGGAUACAGUUUGCGAGCGGCAGCAGCGUUUGCAUGCUUGUGUUUUUUUUUUUGUUUUGUUCCCCCCCACACCCCCGUAGCCACUUCUCGGAGGAAUGAGAAGCGCAUGUUCGAGACUUAAAAUGGGAUUGUUUUUGCACGCUGUCGGCUCUGUCACCCCCACCGAGUCCGCGGCAGACAGGAGCCUGCUGCACUGUGAGGGCGUUAACAAUCAGAGCUACAUCUGUGAGUCCGGACACUGCUGCGGAGAGUCCCAGUGCUGCAGCUACUACUAUGAGCUCUGGUGGUUUUGGUUGGUGUGGGCGAUCAUCUUCAUUUUGAGCUGCUGCUGCGUUUGUCACCACCGACGCACCAAACACCGGCUGCAGCAGCAACAACGGCAGCACGAGAUCAACCUCAUCGCUUACCGUGAAGCACACAAUUACCCCUCGAUGCCCUUUUACUUCAGGUUUCUGCCAAACUACCUCCUGCCCGACUAUGAAGAGGUGGUCAACCGGCCACCAACUCCCCCUCCUCCCUACAGUGCCUUACAUACAGGCCCAUCCUCAGUGGCCACUAGUCCACUGGCUCCUGAGCAGCAGGAGGGACACUGUCCAGCCAUCCAGUCUUCUCCGGUGCCCCCAAUCACUGACACUCUGUGCUGCAGAUCUAGCAUAGAGGAUCCACAACCUCCCACCCUAGACUUUAGGCCAAAGCCUGACAACAAGCCCAUUCAAACAGCACAAGAUUCAGGCAGGAUACUGCUCUCCGAUGGGCUCAAUAGAGAGGGACUCACCAGCCAGGAGAAGAGAAGCGGGGACGAAUCCUGCAAGGACCCCCUGCUGAAGGAUCACAACCUGUUGGAGGGUUGCGCUGAGGACAAAGAUCGACUCCCCAAUGGAAGGAGGAGGCGAUUCACGGGGGAUUCUGGGAUCGAGGUGUGUGUUUGCAGCACACGUGGGAGCGGCGGCUGCAGUGGAACAGGAGGGACAGGCCAGGAAGGCAAGGAGCCGAGGGAGCUGGAGAGCCUGCUGGGGCGCGAGGUCGACGACGACGACAACGAGGAAGAGGAGGCGGGCGACUUCUGCGAUAGCUGCGGGCAUCGGGCCUCCUUCAGUGUGGAGGACGAUCAGGCGCCGGGCGGGCAGGAGCGGCGGGCCGGACGUGGGCCAACAGGAACUCCACACCACAUAGGCAGCGGCUCGCUCCAUCCUCCAGUGUGCCUCCUCCUCCACACCAUCAACGAGCAGGAAGGACCGGGGCACAGCACCAGCACUGAGCCACAGGGCUGAAAUACACAAGGAAGAAGAGCACGUCACUGCUUUGGUAUCAGAGCAGGAUUCUCAUGUCUAAAUGCUUUUUAAGUGAGUAUUUUUUUAUGAAUGUGCAGAAAAAACAGGUGUGGGAGCGGCAAAUGAGGUCUCAGCUUAAAAUAAUUUCUGAGAACCAAAGGUUGAAAAAGCCUGCUCCCGCCCACACUGGAACAGUGGCCUUAACCUGUGUAUUUUGGGUUGUAUUUGGGCAGAACAAGCCCUUUAACAGCCUGUGGCAAUUGAGACUACUCACACCACACACACACACACACACAUACAGUCCUUCAGUUGUCCUUCUCGUGCAACACAAGCUACUGACACAGUCAAAGACUCGAUAGCUGAAGCUGUGACGUUGGGACAGGACGUUCACUGCCUCGGAUGAAUGCAGCUCUCCUCGCCAGGUGCUCGCAACAAUCCUGCAAAGCCGUUUCUCAGCAGACAGCGAACUACGUAGUAAAAUAACACAUACAGCAGAAACAUUUCGGAUGGGUGCAAUGUGGAAUUACCACAUACCGGUGUGUGCUUAUGCAAGCUGAUACUGUAUAGGGACAUCAGAACAAGACUGUGUGGGACGUCCCGUCAGACUCAUGCUUCUAAAGUGCUUUUUCAGCAAUUUAAAACCGCUCUGCCUUGUGUCUGUUUGUGUUGCUCUAUCAGCCCCGCUAGUGAUAGGGAAGUGGAAGUGCAUUAACAAAUCUUCAUGUUAGCAGUUCCUAUUUUGCACAAAACUAUAUUUAUCUUUAUAAAUGAAGCUAUUAGCGGGGGGAAAAAAUCAAAACAGAAGAUGCUUAGUUUUUUGUUAAUUUAGUCUUAAAUUGAUGAUUUGUUUUUUGCGGUUUCGUUGCAACAUUUAUAAGAAUUGAACCUCUGUGAAAUGCCAGUAGGGAAUGCAACAGAUUUACUUUGUGUACAAUCAUUUUUAAACUUAAUUUGUUGAAUGUUUGUAGAAUGUGCCUACCCCCCCAAAAAAUUAAAAAUGCAGGGUUUUGACGAACAAUGAUAAGCUUCAGUGAAACCGAGAGACCCUGAGAAAGCAGGUACCAAAAACAAGACAAGAAUGUUAAGCUUCUAAGAGAUUAUAACGGAGAUGGGCAACGUCAGACCUCAAACUUUUGCGUCAGUCACUUUGAGAGAUUACCACCUUCAUCAGCUUUACAGUACAAAACCAUAAGCAAUUACAGUCUUUGUUUUGGAUUUUCCAUUCUACAGUUUUGGUUUUCAUUCUUUAGCCAUUUAUAAUGACUUCUUUUAGGAGUCCAUUAAGGCUGAUUUAAGUCGACUGGACUUGUGUGAUUUUCAUCAAUCUACAACUUGUUAACUGAUUUUAACAAGCGGUUUAUUCUUCCAGUCAUCUGCAUUUGUGUCGUCCAGUCUCAGACAGGAAAAUUCUACUUUUAGGAAGUGUUUUCAUCAUUUAAGGGACAUUGGUCUCUUACCAAACUUUAUAUAAAGGCGAUUACAUGCAUUAAGACUACGACUGUGGAGGAAAUAGGGUUCGAUUCUUAACACAAAUACUCCAAUGGGGUAGUUUUAGGUUAAAGUCAUUGCAGUUGCAGCAGAAACAAGGAAACGUUUAGAUAAAGUAAAAUAAUAAGAGUAGGAGAGUUGCCAUUUGUUAUUUUUAGGCUCAAUUCUCCCUCUUGGUCCUUCCUUCUGCCUUUCCAUUUCUCAAAAGAAAUGGGACACCCUGCCUUUUGCAGCAGAACUGAGUGGUGUGGCCAUGUUGGGAGGGUUGGGAUUGGACCUUAUUAUCUUCUAGAAACAAAGGUUUGCAUGACAGAAUGUUUCCAAGUUUGUUUUUUUGUGAUGGACAAUAAAAUUCUUGGCGCAGGAUGUGAUUAAAAGUACAACUUCACAAGCAAUAUGUAUAACGCUAGAAAACAAAGACCAUAGAAAUUUUUGUUUUUUAAAAAAAAUAAAAAUCAAAGAUGUCAGUUCUUUAAACGAACCUCCUCUUGUAGACUCAUUAGUGUGAAAUGCCUUUUUCAGAGCUCGAAUGUUGUGGAUCUAACCUUUAAAUCCAGAUGUGUGCAGCAGCUGUGAUGCAGUAGAUGUCGACUGGUGAUGAAUGUGCCACUGACGAUACUGUGUGAUGAGCAUUCUGAGUGACACUUUUCUGAAUUUAGUUGUUUUAAGGGAAGAAAUGUUGUUUUGUCAGACUUUCCUUGAGGCUCCUGCAAAAAUACAAACAUUGCAAAGCACAAAUGUUUCAGCCACGGGUCUCACAGAUUUAUAUGAAUAUAUACACACACCCUAAAAGCAUCUCAAAAGAUUGUUUCCCAGAAUUUCCAGCACAAGCAAAGGCUUAAUGUGAACUUUCUGCUUUACCAGUAAGCUGAUAGAAUUUUACCCAUCGAAGCCUGAACACACUCUUAAGUGCUUUGUAUGUUAACCCUUAUGUGAACUAGAAAGUGUAAUUGUGGUACAUGUAGUACAAAGAUGAGUUAUUUUUCAUAUUGGCUGAUUCCUUUAAAAAAUAAAAAUAACGGAACUGUAUGAAAAUCUCACAACCACUUUAUAUUUGCAAAUUGUGUACAAUAUUCUGUAACAUGUUUGUGAACCAAAUAAUUGCUUUCAUAAUUUUUAUGAAAUCAUCAGCUUUAUUUGUUACAGACAGAUUUUUUUUUUUCAUUAUGGGUAUUACUGUGUUUCUGCUGAGAAAAAGAUUUAACUUCUGUUGAGACUUAAACUGAAGUUGUGUGAAGGGUACAUUUGACUAACAACACAGUAGGUAGUUGGUUAAUAAGAUCAGGGGCAUCUUGCCAAAGACACUUUUCUUUCUUCAUAAGCAUGUGUGGUUUUGCACAUAUUCUUUGAAUGUUCUAAUCGUAAGCCAUUCAUUACAACUAAGAUUAAUGUAUGUUCACUAAACAUGCUGAAUUCAAGAUGA